UAAAACAUCUGUAUCUGCAUCACAUCAGGGAUAUCAGCACUGGGGCCAACCCCUCUUAAGCGUAUUUUUCAGGACUUAAAGCAAGAAUAAAGGAAAAGCAUCAAAUUAGUGAAAAACUGUAGCAAGUACACAAAGACAGCAUAACAGUACCAAAAACUGCAAUAACGCUAUAAUUAUAGAGAAGUUAGAGAAAUUGGCAGCAGUCUUGAGACAAAAAGAUUCGACAUGAUGGAAAUUACAAUACUACCAGAUGAUGAUGUUAAAAAUCAUGCUGAACGAAGAGAAAAGCUUCCAACAUUCAAGGAACUCAUAUUCGAUUUUGCAGACAAUACAACGCUCCACGGCCUUCCACGAGCUUUAAAAGCUAGCGUGAAUGUGUUUCGUAGAAUUGUAUGGCUUAGUAUAUUUUUCGGUUGUUUUGGAUAUUUCACUUUUCAGGUAGUGGAACUUAUCAAGGACUACAACAAAUGGCCGGUUCUGAUCAAGAGCGAGAUUAAACUACAGACGUAUAUGAAAUUUCCUGCUGUGACAAUAUGCAAUAUUAACAUGUUGCGCAAAAGUAAAAUACAAGGGACUGUGUUCCAAAGCUUAGUUGACCUGGAUAGAGUCACGAUGUCUAAAUCUGCAAGAGAAAGAAAGAGACAAAUUGAUCAUGAGCACGAUGAAACAAUAACUACAACUGAUCAAACUACAGUUACUGAUUCAACAACAGCUGCAACUGAUCUAACUACAGCUACUGAUGCAACAACAGCUGCAACUGAUCAAACUACAGUAACUGAUGCAACAACACCUACAACUGAUCAAACUACAGCUACUGAUGCAACAACAGCUGCAACUGAUCAAACUACAAUUACUGAUGCAACAACAGCUGCAAUUGAUCAAACUACAAUUACUGAUGCAACAACAGCUAUAACUGAUCGAACUACAAUUACUGAUUCAACAACAGUUAGAACUGAUCAAACUACAGCUACUGAUGCAACAACAGCUGCAACUGAUCAAACUACAAUUACUGAUGCAACAACAGCUGCAACUGAUCAAACUACAAUUACUAAUGCAACAAUAGCUACAACUAAUCAAACUACAGUCACUGAUUCAAGUACAGCUACAACUGAUCAAACUACAGUUACUAAAUCAACAGCAGCUAUAACUGAUCAAACAACAAUUACUGAUCAAACUACAAUUACUAAUGCAACAACAACUGCAACUGAUCAGACUUCAACUACUGAUACAACAACAGCUAUGACUGAUCAAACUACAAUUACUGAUGCAAACACAACGACAACUGAUCAAACUACAAUUACUGAUGCAACAACACCUACAACAGAUCAAACUAUAGUUACUGAUUCAACAAUUACUAUUACUGAUCAAACUACAAUUACUGAUACAAACACAACGACAACUGAUCAAACUACAAUUACUGAUGCAAACACAACGAUAACUGAUCAAACUACAAUUACUGAUGCAACAACAGCUGCAACUGAUCAAACUACAAUUACUGAUUCAACAAUAGCUAUAUCUGAUCAAACUACAAUUACUGAUGCAAACACAACGACAACUGAUCAAACUACAAUUACUGAUGCAACAACAGCUGCAACUGAUCAAACUACAAUUACUGAUUCAACAAUAGCUAUAACUGAUCAAACUACAGUUACUAAUUCAACAAUAGCUAUAACUGAUCAAACUACAAUUACUGAUUCAACAACAGCUAUAACUGAUCAAACUACAGUUACUAAUUCAACAAUAGCUAUAACUGAUCAAACUACAAUUACUGAUGCAACAACAGCUGCAACUGAUCAAACUACAAUUACUGAUUCAACAACGGCUAUAACUGAUCAAACUACAGUUACUUAUUCAACAAUAGCUAUAACUGAUCAAACUACAAUUACUGAUGCAACAACAGCUGCAACUGAUCAUACUACAAUUACUGAUUCAACAACAGCUAUAACUGAUCAAACUACAGUUAAUGAUGCAACAACAGCUGUAACUGAUAAAACUACAAUUACUGAUUCAACAACAGUUAUAACUGAUCAAGCUACAGUUACUGAUGCAACAACAGCUAUAACCGAUCAAACUACAAUUACUGAUUCAACAACAGUUAUAACUGAUCAAACUCCAAUUACUAAUUCAACAACAGUUAUAACUGAUCAAACUACAGUUACUGAUUCAACAACAGUUAUAACUGAUCAAACUACAAUUACUGAUUCAACAACAGUUAUAACUGAUCAAACUACAAUUACUGAUGCAACAACAGCUGCCACUGAUCAAACUACAGUUACUGAUGCAACAACAGCUAUAACCGAGCAAACUACAAUAACUGAUGCAACAACAGCUGCAACCGAUCAAACUACGAUUACUGAUUCAACAACAGCUAUAACUGAUCAAACUACAGUUACCGAUGCAACAACAGCUAUAACCGAUCAAACUACAAUUACUGAUACAACAACAGCGAUAACUGAUCAAACUACAAUAAGUGAUGGAACAACAGCUGCAACCGAUCAAACUACAGUUACUAAUUCAACAAUAGCUAUUACUGAUCAAACAACAGUUACUGAUUCAACAACAGCUACAAAUAAUCAAACUACAAUUACUGAUGCAACAACAACUGCAACUGAUCAAACUACAAUUACUGAUUCAACAACAGCUGCAAUUGAUCAAACUACAAUUACUGAUGCAACAACAGCUAUAACUGAUCGAACUACAAUUACUGAUUCAACAACAGCUGCAACUGAUCAAACUACGAUUACUGAUUCAACAACAGCUAUAACAGAUCAAACUACAAUUACUGAUUCAACAACAGCUACAAAUAAUCAAACUACAAUUACUGAUGCAACAAGAACUACAACUGAUCAAACUACAAUUAUUGAUUCAACGACAGCUGCAACUGAUCAAACUACAGUUACUGAUUCAACAAUAGCCGCAACUGAUCAAACUACAAUUACUGAUUCAAAAACAGAUGUAACUGAUCAAACUUCAAUUACGGAUUCAACAACAGCUACAGUUACUGAUUUAACAACAGCUACAAUUGAUCAAACUACAGUUACUGAUUCAGCAACAGCUGCAACUGAUCAAACUACAGUUACUGAUUCAACAACAGGUACAACUGAUCAAGCUACAGUUACUGAUUCAACAACAGCUGCAACUGAUCAAACUACAGUUACUGAUUCAACAACAGCUACAACUGAUCAAACUACAGUUACUGAUACAACAUUAGCUUCAACAGAUCAAGCUACAGUUACUGAUUCAACAACCGCAACAACUGACCAAACUACAAAUGCUAAUGUAUUGACAGUUACAACUGAUCAAACUACAAAUGCUGAUGCAUCGGCAGUAACAACUGAUCAAAUUACAACUGCUGAUGCAUCGACAUUUACAACUGAUCAAACUACAAUUACUGAUGCAACAACAGCUGCAACUGAUCAAACUACAAUCAGCGAUGAAACAACAGCUGCAACAAAUCAAACUACUGAUGCAACAACAACUGCAACUGAUCAAACUACGAAUGCUGAUGCAUCGACAGUUACAACUGAUCAAACCACAAAUGCUGAUACAUCGACAGUAACAACUGAUCAAACUACAAAUGCUGAUGCAUCGACAGUUACAACUGAUCAAAUUACAAAUGCUGAUGCAUCGAUAGUUACAACUGAUCAAACUACAAAUGCUGAUGCAUCGACAGUUACAACUAAUCAAACUACAAAUACUGAUGCAUCGACAGUUACAACUGAUCAAACCACAAAUGCAGAUACAUCGACAGUUACAACUGAUCAAACUACGAAUGCAGAUGCAUCGACAGUUACAACUGAUCAAACUACGAAUGCAGAUGCAUCGACAGUUACAACUGAUCAAACUACGAAUGCUGAUGCAUCGACAUUUACAACUGAUCAAACUACAAAUGCUGAUGCAUCGACAGUUACAACUGAUCAAACCACAAAUGCUGAUGCAUCGGCAGUUACAACUGAUCAAACUACGAAUGCUGAUGCAUCGACUGUUACAACUGAUCAAACCACAAAUGCUGAUACAUCGACAGCUACAACUGAUCAAACUACGAAUGCUGAUGCAUCGACAGUUACAACUGAUCAAACUACAAAUGUUGAUGCAUCGACAGUUACAACUGAUCAAACUACGAAUGCUGAUGCAUCGACAGUUACAACUGAUCAAACUACAAAUGCUGAUACAUCGACAGUUACAACUAAUCAAAUUACAAAUGCUGAUGCAUCGACAGUUACAACUGAUCAAAUUACAAAUGCUGAUGCAUCGACAGUUACAACUGAUCAAAUUACAAAUGCUGAUACAUCGACAGUUACAACUGAUCAAACUACGAAUGCUGAUGCAUCGACAGUUACAACUGAUCAAAUUACAAAUACUGAUGCAUCGACAGUUACAACUGAUCAAACUACGAAUGCUGAUGCAUCGACAGUUACAACUGAUCAAACUACGAAUGCUGAUGCAUCGGUAGUUACAACUGAUCAAACUACGAAUGCUGAUGCAUCGACUGUUACAACUGAUCAAACCACAAAUGCUGAUACAUCGACAGUUACAACUGAUCAAACUACGAAUGCUGAUGCAUCGGUAGUUACAACUGAUCAAACUACGAAUGCUGAUGCAUCGACUGUUACAACUGAUCAAACCACAAAUGCUGAUACAUCGACAGUUACAACUGAUCAAACUACGAAUGCUGAUGCAUCGACAGUUACAACUGAUCAAACUACAAAUGAUGAUGCAUCGACAGUUACAACUGAUCAAACUCCGAAUGCUGAUGCAUCGACAGUUACAACUGAUCAAACUACGAAUGCUGAUGCAUCGGUAGUUACAACUGAUCAAACUACGAAUGCUGAUGCAUCGACUGUUACAACUGAUCAAACUACAAAUGCUGAUACAUCGACAGUUACAACUGAUCAAACUACGAAUGCUGAUGCAUCGACAGUUACAACUGAUCAAACUACAAAUGAUGAUGCAUCGACAGUUACAACUGAUCAAACUCCGAAUGCUGAUGCAUCGACAGUUACAACUGAUCAAAUUACAAAUGCUGAUGCAUCGACAGUUACAACUGAUCAAAUUACAAAUGCAGAUGCAUCGACAGUUACAACUGAUCAAAUUACAAAUACUGAUGCAUCGACAGUUACAACUGAUCAAACUACGAAUGAUGAUGCAUCGACAGUUACAACUGAUCAAACUACGAAUACUGACCAUAAUACAACAAACGCUAUAAGUGAAGGCUAUACCACUAGUGUCGGUGUUUCAUCUGAUACAGUAACGCCUAUUGCAAACAAUACUUCCUGCUCUUGUAUCUGUCCAGAUACUUGCGCCACCGACAAAACCCCAAGUACAACAACUAAAGACACAACCGUAAAUCCAAUUGACGAAGUCACCGCUCCAACAGUACAGAAAAAUGAUGAAAGACCGUUGUCGGAAUCAGGCUAUAACGAGCCUUUUAUCUUCAAGGAAUCGCCAUUUAUGAAGAUCAAGGACCCAAAUAACUUCGUUGAGAUAUUAAAUCUUUCAGCCGCCGGUGAUUUGAGCGAUACGAUUGGAAUGGCAACCCCCACAUCGCUUCAGCUUGACGAUUAUGGACACAAUGUGUCAGAUUUGGUGGCUCUCUGUACAAUCGAUGGGAAGAACUGCAAUAUGACCAGCGACCAUUGGCUAGAGAGUUACAACAAGUAUUAUGGCAAAUGCUACACCUGGAACAGUGCGAUUAACAAACCGGGAGGAGAACGAUCCCUUCUAACAACUAAUUUUGGAUCACGUUAUGGUCUGAGACUCACGUUAAACGUCGAGCAAGAUGAAUACACAGGCCUUCUCUCCCCAACUUACGGAGUCAGGGUAUCAGUGCAUGAUAACCCCGUCGUUUCGUAUCCUGAAAGCGAGGGUUUAACCGUGUCUGUAGGCAAUGAGAUGCUCAUUCGAACCCGCUUGAGCAAAUACGAACGUCAAACUUAUCCAUAUCCAUCAAAUUGCAUGAACGGAAAUGAAAAGUCUGCCACAAAGCCUAAUCGUGGAGAUUAUACAGUACUUGGAUGCAUGAUGGAUUGUCUAGAGGCGAAGCUUUUUGAAAGAUGUAAAUGUUUCGAUAGAAUAGUGGACGAAGACGAGCACAGGUGCAGCUAUUUCAACAGAACGGAAGAACUAUGUCGUCAGAAAGUUUACUAUGAUUACAACACCGGCAAACUCGACUGCAAUUGCCCGGCGAAAUGCAGAGAAAGUAAGUAUGACAUUUCGACGUCUGUUUCUUCGUGGCCAAGCCAGCAUCAUGAUUAUUAUCUGCUCGAACGACUAAAAGGAGGGAACGAUAUUACACUGGACGAAAUCAAAAACAAUAUACUUCGGGUGCAUAUCUACUUUGACGAUUUCAACGAAGAAACGGUGAAAGAAGUGCCAGUGUAUACGCUGAGUGGCCUAUUGAGUAACAUUGGCGGCACUAUGGGAUUAUUUAUUGGACUCUCUUUAUGUACAGUCGGAGAGUUUUUGGAACUGAUAUUGGAAAUAAUUAUUUUAUUCUGUAAGAAAUGCUCAAGGAUGUUACAAAAUAACAGAGUAAACACUCUAUAAAACUAGGAAUGUCUUCUUCACUCACACACUCGUUUGACAGUACCGUCAAUAGGAUAUAGUUACUUAGGUCCAAAGCCUUCUAUAUAGAGACUCGAGUAAGGAUAUACAAGGGGCGAUCCAUAUA